AUGUAUAGUAGGGAAGAGCUUGUGCUAAAUGGUCCUUAUGAUCAUCUACCUAAGAAGGACACAAAUGCUGGACUGUUAGGAUUUUCUUCGAUUUCAACGGAGAAAAGUUGUCCCCCUAGUGGUGUUAUUUGGUUAAAUAAUGGCAUGAAGUUCAUCUAUGCAGGCAUGGCCUUGUUCUCCAAGGCAGCAAUUGCCAAAGGAAUGAACCCUACUGUGUUUGUUGCUUACCGCCAAGCAUUCGCCACACUUGCCCUAGCUCCCUUGGCUUUCUGCCUCGAAAGGAUUACCCUGAGUUUAAACCUCUACUAUGUUGCAAUGAAUUAUACCACUGCAACAUUUGCUGCUGCCACCACCAACACAAUUCCGGCAAUAACCUUUGUGAUGGCUGUUGUGUUUAGGGUGGAAAGCAUUUCCAUAAAGCAAAGGCAUGGAAUGGUGAAGGUGUUGGGUACAGUACUGGGUGUUUCUGGGACUUUGGUAUUUGCUUUUGUCAAGGGACCUCCUUUAAAGCUCAACUGGUACCAGCCAAACCAAAAGGAAGUUCCUGGCCCAUCUAUGGAGUCUAAUUCCAACUGGGAGUUGGUAAAAGGUUCUCUCAUCAUGCUUGCAGCCAAUACAGCAUGGUCUCUGUGGCUUAUAAUGCAGGCUUCUGUUGUCAAGCAAUAUCCAGCAAAGCUACACCUUACAACUCUACAGUGUUUCUUUAGCAGUAUUCAAUCAGCAGUCUGGGCCAUGGUGGUUGAGAGGAACAUAUCAUCAUGGAAGCUUGGAUGGGAUAUCAAUCUUUUUUCUGUGGCCUACUGUGGCAUAAUUGUCACUGGGAUUACUUACUGGCUACAAAUUUGGGCUAUAGAAAAGAAGGGACCCGUUUUCACAGCCAUGUUCACUCCUCUGGCACUCAUAAUAACGGCAAUUUUCUCAGCAAUAUUGUGGAAAGAGAUCCUUCACUGGGGCAGUAUUUGUGGAGCAAUAUUGCUGGUGGGGGGCCUCUAUUGCGUCCUGUGGGGGAAGAACAAGGAAGCAGAAAUGGAAACAAAUGAACAAAAGACACCAGACACUAAAGAGGGAACAAUGGUGGAGUGCAUUAUACAGCAAUGA